AUGAGGGGCAGCCUCGCUCUUGGCACUCACGUGCGGCGGCAGCCUUACAACUUUUUGAGGUGUGGCGUCCGUCGCGCGCGCGCUGCAGCGAUCUGCCACAGGUCAUGCCUUCUCCUUGCGAAUGCGACGAGCCUCUUUACACGGAACAAGGCGAUACAUCGAGGAACAAUACUUUUGUUUCCUGCAUCUCAAGUGCCGUGUCAAACAACUUCACUGUCCUCUCCUGGAGAGUCACCCGCCAAGAUGCCCAAGUGUAAGUUCUUCUGUGACUACUGCGAUGUCUACCUGACCCACGACUCUAUGAGCGUGCGAAAGGCGCACAACAGCGGUCGAAACCACCUGCGCAACGUCGUCGACUACUACCAACAAAUCGGCCACGAAAAAGCGCAGUCCGUCAUUGACUCCAUCACCUCAUCAUACGCUGCCGAAGGCCAGGCACACAACAACCCUAUGCUGCCGCAAAACCAGCCGGGGCAGGCCUUCCCGCCCCCCUUCCCCUUCCCCGGAGGUAUCCCACCCCCAUUCCCCGGUAUGCCCGCCGGCGCGCCUCCUUUCCCCCAGGGCAUGAUCCCACCUCCUGGUCCAGGCGGCCGCGGAAUGCCGCCCAUGCCCCCCUUCGCCCCGGGCCCCAACGGCUCGCCCAUGCCUCCUGGCGGUCUCCCCUUCCCUCCGCCAGGUGGCCUCCCGGCCGGCUUGCCGUUUCCCCCUCCCGGCGCACCGGGUGGCCUUCCACCUAACUUCCAGUUCCCUGGCAUGCCGCCGCCAGGUGCUGGCGGAUUUCCGCCCGGCCCUCCUGGGCCGUUUCCCCCUGGUGGUGGACCCCCGGGACGUGACCAGCGGUAAGACUUCGCAGGCAUAGCAUUCGCUCACAGAGGGGCGCGUACGUGUGUUGUUACGGUAGAAUACGGUGUUUAGGCGUCUAAUCAGGGAAUGGCAAAACUCAUGGCAUGUAAAGGUACGAUUUCAUACCAAAAUCACAUUCAAAACGCGUUUGGAAAAGUGCACCAGUGUACUAGAGCGCCUAGGUUCCUUGUCUCAAACCUGUGCAAAAUUGGUAUCUUCUCGAGCAAUUUCUAUAUGAUACAACAAUACUAGUAGUUCCCAGUGUUCUCGUAACAGAACUUAUGUAUUCGCCUAGGCAGCAAGUUCUCAUCAGUGUCGUUGCAAGUCCUCGAGUCGAUUCCAUCCCGAAAUGCAUUUCGGAAACCGCGAGGAGGUUCGUCUUUGAUCGUGAAAGUUCUGUCGUAAAUGAUGUCUGUUCGUAACGGUCGUAAUAAUAUUCACACCUCCUAAAGACCCUUCCUACACCCUGAUGGUGUCAUAAUCCCAAACGUAUUAAGCGUAAUUACUCCAGGCAUGAAAUUCUGGUUGCUGAAAAUCUGUACGUUAACGCUU